CGACGUGCAACAAUUGGAUACGUGCCUUUAUACGUCGUUCGCCUUUCGUGUAGGCCGAUUCUGUUCUUUUCUACUUUGGGUUUUAGUUGUAGUAAUCGCUGUUCGAUGCCCGGGUCGCUGGUUUAUUACGGUAACAUUAUACUUGGUGCGGGCCAUUUAUUUCAAUAGCAAAAUGAUUUUUCUGCUUUAGUGAAGACGAACCUUAGAAAGUUAAAAGUGUUGCAAUUUUAAGUGAAACCUUGAAGUGGUGUACCACCAGAGGAGAUGGUACUUUUGGAUAUAUAAGGUCAUGAAUUCACAAUAUGUCCUCACAUACCCUUACAACCGUCCAGGAAACUGAGUUAGACCUAAUCGACUUCAACGUAGGAUCACCAGUGCUUCCGAGAAGAUCAUCAAUAUCAGAAAUCAAUUUUGAUCCCCACGACCUCAUCGAUUCAGAACUGCCCUUAUUUGAUCCGCAAUUAUAUUCAAAUAAUGAUACCAUUCCGAAACCUAGCGUAGAUGUAGAAGAUAUUUUAAUAGAUAUUGAUGAUUUUGAUCGAGACAGUUUAGAUGAUAAUGGAUCAGAUGAGUUUUUAGAUGUUUGCGAAGGAGUUGAGGGGGAUGAUGACCACGUCUUGGGUGUGGAUAAUUUCGAGGUAUUGCUGGUCUUAAAAAAUCUUGAUGAUCUCCUCAAUGCCACCUUAGAUGAGUCAAGCAAUAUUAGUGACUGCGAACAGACUGAUUUAAAUAAAAACCAAUUAAUAGAUAUUGAUAUAAAAGAAUGUCUAGAAGAUCUCGAUAACUAUCUUGAAGCUAUUGAUACGUCUGAUAACGAUGACUCUGACAGUACUGAUCAGCGAACUGAUGAAGUAACUUCACCGGAAGGGGAAGCGUAUCAUCAGGAAUUAAACGAUGAACAGGCCCGAGUAAAACUGCGGAAAAUCGAGGAAAAUUACUGGAAGUUUUUAACAUCUGGGAUAGUCAAUAGGGGCUAUAUCGACUACGAAAACAAUGGAAACGUUACAGUGGAUGACCGUGUUAUAUGUAGGCCGUCAUCAGCGUGUGCCGCGAUCGACGAUUCAUGUAAUAGGAAAAAACAACGGCGUAGACCCAAGACCAUAAGCGGAAAACAUACAGAAGUGAGACGGUCGAUAAUCAGGCGGCAAUCCCUCAGCGACAACCAUAACGCACCAAACUCCCGGAUAUCCGGACCAGAUGCUACUUCGCCCAUUAGGAACCCCAUUGAACAAUUACCGGUUAACUGCGAGCGCCUUGUCCACGGUGCUUACGCUCCGGAUCACCCUUGCGGAACGGCCAUUGUCGAACCGCAGAACGAGCAAAGUAAAUCGGACAGUUCUUCCACAACGGCGGUUCUUGACGAAACAGAAACGCGCAACAACAGUAGAAAUUCAUGGUUGCGAAAUUCGAUGAGACGCUUGCAACAGUUGAGUUUACCAGUGGUAGAUCGCACGGAGGUCGUACGAAGUGGUGACAGUGAGGGUGAGAGAGCAGUCGGAGUGAGUACUGAAGAGUUGAGGCCUGUGAGUGCACCAUCUAGUUUGUCUUCUUUAAAUAGAUCACAAGUCCCAUCUUUUCGAGGCAGGUCGAAUGUAGCAGCUACUCGGUCUGCCCAACGAAGACCGAGGAGCAGUUCAGCUUCUUCGAGGUCUAGGAGACGAGAAAGUCUUUCUUCCACGGACACGAGCGUCCUUUCCAGCGUAGAUAGUAACAUCAGCCAUAAUAUGCCUCCGUUGCGGGGAACUCCGGAAGAAAACACGGAGAAUACUGAGAGGAAUAGUCAACCGAGUUGCAGACUACCCCAGCAUACGACUGAAUCCACCGAAGUCAACAGAUCGUCAGAGAAAUGGCCCCACGGCAUAAACUCGAUGCUUGCCUGUCUAAGUUGCACCCUGGGCCUCUUCAACAUAUCCCGCUUCGCCAUUCUGACAAUACACUUUGGAGCCAACUUUAUUUUCCAAUUUAUACUUCUCUCGUUGGUUUUCGGACUACCUCUUUUUACUUUACAAAUGUGCCUUGGACAACAACUGGGAACCGGAGUGAUCGACAUGUGGAAGAUAUCCCCGUUGUUUCAGGGCGUAGGCGUAGCGUUACUCGCCACUCAAGCAGCCAUAGGCCUUUAUAGUAUUAUCGGAGUUUCUUGGAUGUUGGUGUAUUUUCGGGAUUCGUUUAAAACCUCUUUGAAUAGAUAUAGAUGGGCUGAGCCUGUUUAUUAUUAUAGAAGAGACGCACAAUCAUUUAAUACCUCCAUAAAAGUGAUCGAGACUGUGCCUGAUUAUUUUAGUAGCGUGGUACUCCAACGGUACCACCUGCAAAACAGUACUGCGAGCGCUAACAUAAGAUUUCAAUCUGCCUUCAAUUUAGCUGUGGUAUGGAUAAUCGUGUUUGUUUCUUUAAGCAAAGGGGUUCGAUCUUAUGGGAAGGUUAUGUGGGUUUUUACAUUUAUACCAGUGAUCGCCACCGUGUUGUUGUGUGGUAAAAUAAUGAAUCUGAUGCCAACAGAAUACGUAGGAAUAUACUUUCCAGAGACCUCUUGGGAAGAAUUCUUUUUAAAUUCUAGAAGUUGGCUGGCUGCGGCACAAGAAACCUUCUUGACGUGGGGAUUAUUGGGAGCAACCACGAUGCAAAUAACGGCUCAGAACAAAUUUAAAAAUUUACUGCGAAGGGACUCCACUUUAGUGGCUGCUCUAACGUUUUUUAUGCUUAUUACGAUGUCGUUAGUGGCAAAUACUUGUACUCAUAUUCUGAAGUCUUCUGGGUAUAGCUACUAUCCAAGUUCUUUUGAACAAAAAUCUUCAUACCAUUUUAUGCGACACAACAGCAACUCAUUUCCACAAUCCAUUUUAAACACCCCAAUCAGAUACAUGCGACAUAACUCGUAUAUCGUUGGAGAGAAGGUCAUUAGGCCCGGGGCAGAUAACAGACAGGAAAGCGGAUAUCAGGCUCUACGACUAGCAACCGAACUUCUACCAGCAAUAUUUGCGACUGUUGAUAGCGAACAACUAACGCCAUUUUGGUCAGUUCUCACGUAUCUUAUUUUUAUAUUAUUUGGCAUUGGGCAGCAACUAGCGAUUUGGCACUGCGUGAUCAACGGAUUUAUUGCUAUCAACGCGAAAGUGUUAAAAAAAUGGCAGUCGACAAUUACGUUUUUUUCUUGUGCUGUUAGUUUUGUUUUGGCGCUACCAUUAACAACAGAGAUGGGAAUAUACGUCCUUUAUUUCAUGGAUUACACCAUAGGAAGUAUUUGGUGGUUGGCUAUUGUGCUAAUUUUACAAAUAAUGGCAGUAUUCCUAAUAAGAGGCAGACCUUAUAGUGGAGAUACGAUCGUAACAGCUUUAUUUAACCCUAACAGUCAUAGCUGCCUCAUCAGCUGGGCACCACCUUUGUUAUCUUUUACUUGGAAUGUUGUGCUUCCUGUAGCACUAAUAGUGUUAUGCAUAGGCACGUUUAAGAACGGAAACUUCAGAGAAAUGUUCAUUUGGCAUCAUCCAACUUUCACCGAUUAUUGGCCUCUUUGGGCCAGACAAUUAGGAUCAAUAUUGCAGCUUUUACCUAUUCUUUGCGUUCCGUUUGUUGCGGUCAUUCAAAGUUAUCGAUAUUUGAAUAAUGGACCUUCGGAUAUUUUGGAUGAGCCGGACGAUCCGUCUACACAUCGUAUUCAGCUACUUUACCGUCCUCCAAUCGGCGAGCACAUGGAACCCACCCCCACGGCAACCACAGAACAAAAUCCCGCUCCACCACCAGACCCUCCGCCAAAAUACACUCCACCACCGAGCUACACCACCGCCACCGGAGCCGGACUAAUAAAAAUCCUACGGCAAAGCAUUCGAAGAAGCACCCGCAGAAUCGCCCAUCUCCUCGGCGAAAGAAAUUUACAAUCAACUUCUCGGCAACGUCCUCCUCUUCAAAACGUAACGGAGCCUCCACCGCCCGAUUACAGUUCCGUAUCCAUAGAAAUGAACGCAGCUAGUUCAACCACUAGUACUCCCACAAGAGUAUCUACUUUAGAACGUCUCAGGAGUUUACAAUCUUCUCCAAACGCUUUGACAGCUGCAGAUGUGGCUUCGAUUUUAAGAAGUAGUUUUAGAAGGAGUCGUAUACGAUCGCCUGCCAGAAAUCUUCCCGCAGGGAGUAAUGAUAGAUUCCCUGAUACCGCAGGAGUGUGUUCUAGCGCGGAGUUUUUAGUCGAAACUGCCGCGCCAAUUGGCGAGACUUCUUUGGUGGUCGAGCAGGAGGGCAGGAGUUAGUCGUAUGGGAGCAAUAUGAGAUCUUGUCUGUGAUAUCGUAUGUUUUUUCAGUCGGAUUUAGUAGUGGUCUUUUAUUAUUUUUUUAUAUGAACCCUUCUUUUUAAUUAUGAUAACUGUAUGUUAAGUGAUGCUUUUUAAUAUUGUAUUUUCGUUUUUAACUGUCUGUUAACGUGUGUGCUGAAAAAAUAAUAAAUUAUUAAGAAUAUUAUAGCUGUAA